AUGUCUAAGCACACUGGCGACUCCGAAUCUCAAAUGUCCGAAGCCACCCGCGCUCCCGAGGUCACUCGCAUGCCUGAAGACGGUUCUGCUACGUCCGACACAGAUAAAGAGCCCCACAUGACAACUUCCCAGUACCUAAAGUACUACGAAGAAAUGAGAAGCAAGUAUGGGAAAGGAGACGAUGACUGUUUCAAGAUGGCCCGCCGGCUGCUACGAAGAGCGGAUCUCCCAGCCUGGUUCAAGGCUGGGUGUCACAAACUGCUCGCGCGUGGAGACUACAAGCCUGUACACCAUGCUGAGGAGUAUCUCCGAUUGGCCAUCGAGAAGGCCGACAGUACCGAUAAAACCAAUUCGAUUUACGCCGUAAAGGACAAAGUCCGCGUCGAAUCUGCACGAAACAUGCUGCAAGAAACUCGUGAACGGGUAGCAAGAAAAGAGCAAGCGUUGAAGGAGGAACAGGAAGGCGGAAGCGCAAGCAAACAACCAGAGGCGGAUGAAGAAGAGAGACAGACCAUCUCCUAG